UGUCAGUAGAAGAGGAGGAGCUGCUGUUACAUUUCCCUAAAGCUGCACUAGAACUGGUUAAGUUAGGUGUUAGUGGUGAACACUGGCACAGACAGUCCACAGAGCAGGAUCAGGAUGGAAGGGAUCUUCAUUGGUGUCUUGUGUCUCUCAGGGUGCCUCACCUUCUCCACAUGCCUCCUCCAUCAGUACCACUUUGUGUCUGAUGCAAUGAAUUGGACUGAAGCUCAGAGCUACUGCAGAGAGACGUACACAGACCUGGCCACUAUUGAAAACAUUGAAGAAAUGGAGAAACUUAACGACACAGUUUCCACCGCUGGUCACAGCUCUGAGAUUUGGAUUGGCCUGUACGGUCAUAUUGACUGGAAGUGGUCAGAUGGGUUCAACCAGAGUGGAGCUGAAUAUAGCAGAUGGGAUACAUAUAAUCGUAACCCAAACUAUUAUGAAGCCAAUGAGUUCUGUGUGGCCAUGAUCAAUAGAACAUGGCAUGCUUAUGACUGCAGUAAACAGAUUCCAUUUGUCUGCUCCACAGAUGAUUUGGACCUUGUGCUAGUGAAUCCAGCAAAGAAUUGGUCUGAGGCUCGGAGGCACUGCAGAGAACACUUCACAGAUCUGGCCACUGUGAGGAACGACACUGACUACAACAAGAUACUGCGCAAGACAUCGUACUUGAAGGAAUGUCCAGAAUCGGCGUGGAUCGGUUUGUACGGAGAUCGUCAGAUUUACUGGUCCGACGGGAGUAACUACUCAGUCAGCUUCUGGUAUCACGGUUACAACCCACUUGGCUCAAUGGAGGUCGUAUGUGGUGUUGCAGAUUUGGAGAAGGGAGGAAAAUGGAAGUUAUUUUCCUGUCAAGAAAGAAAACCAUUUGUCUGCUACAGCAUGGACAAGCGUGGAUGGUGCUUCCUUGAGUGAAAGAGAGAGAACACAUCCUGACAUUAGAAAAACAGUUAUUGUCUCAAUAGUGAUCUAAUAACAUUAUAGCAUUAAUGAAUAUUUGGAUGAUGUUUGUUCUGUCCAUUGUUUGUUUACAGUGAGAGAAACUAGAAAUGUCGUUUGAUGUACUUGUAUGUUGUCACUUCAUGAAUCUGCUCUGUAAUGGUUCUUCAAGACAAACUGACACGUUGGAACAUUUUGACUGUUAGUCAAAGCUCUUAGCUCUCAGCAGUUUUUUUGGGUUAGAUUUUUUUAAUAUUCACUGGUUUUGGUUUUAUGGAAAUCCCUGUCUUAUAGUAAAUUGAUUGGUAAGAUUAAUUAGAUAGUCAAAAAGGUGUAAAUGAAUAAAUGCAUCAAUAAAUAUAUUAAAUGCAACAUAAAUAAA